AUGGUUGAUAAGGGAUGGAUGAAAUGUCCUUGUAAGUAUGCUCAGUACAUAGAAGGUGUUAGGUCAUUUAUAGAGUUUAUUAAUAGAAAUGAUGGCGGAAAUACCUUAUUCUCAUGCCCUUGUAGUAGAUGUAAGAAUGGUAAAGGAUUGGGGCCACUUAGUGAAAUUUCAUUGCAUUUGCUUAAGUAUGGUAUUAUUUCUACAUACACGACAUGGCGUUUUCAUGGGCAAAAGUUAGAAGUAGAAGCACGGUCACAUGUGGAUAACACUAGUAAUGGCGAUGUAGCUGAGAAUGUAAAAAAUGUUAAUGUAGGAGACGUAGUUGUUGAUCCUGCUAUAGGUGAGGGUGAAAAUUUAGGAGGUGUUGUUGAGGAUGAUGGUGCUGCUAUAGUAGAUGACAAUAUUAGAAUAGAUAGUGGGGUUCAUAAUGAUGCUGGAACUAGGAAAAUGAAGAAAAAGGAAUCUGUCUAUGAGCGUGCAAAAGAACCGUUGUAUUCAUCGUGUCCUAAAGGAGUGACAACAUUGUAUGCUUCUAUCAAGUUGAAUCACAUAAAGACACAAUAUGGGUUUUCUGAUAAUGGUAUGACUGCACUCUUAGAUUUGAUGAAUGAGUUGCUUCCCGAAGAGAAUAUACUGCCAUCUAAGUACCCUGAAGUGAAAAAGAUGAUCCAAGAACUAGGAAUGGAUUAUAUAAUAUAUGAUGCAUGUGUAAAUGACUGUGUUUUGUAUUGGAAGGAUCAUGCAUCGCUGGUGAAGUGUCAUGUUUGUCAUCAAUCUAGGUAUAAGAAGGUUUUUAAUGAUGAGAGGAAGCUUACUACUGUUUCUCAGAAAACGGUUAGACAUUUUUCGUUGAUUACAAGGCUGAAAAGGUUUUAUAGCAAACCAUGGAUCGCGGAGGAAAUGAUUCGGCAUUCUAGAGCAAAGUCAGAUAUAAACGUCAUGCGUCAUCCCGUCGAUUCUUCAACUUGGCGAUGUGCAGAUAGUUUUUCGCCAGAGUUUGCCAAGGAACCGAGGAAUGUUACACUUGGGAUAUCAACUGACGGUUUCAAUCCGAAUGGGUGUUUCGGUCUUGCACACAGUUGUUGGCCGGUGAUUAUGUGUAUUUAUAGUUUGCCUCCUUCGUUGUGUAUGAAGCGGGAAUUCUCUUUGUUGUUGUUGUUGAUAUCAGGCCCAAAAGCACCCAGUAAAACCUUUGAUGUUUAUUUAGAAAUAUUGGUAGAUGAGUUGAAGAGGUUAUGGGAUGGUGUACUAGCAUUUGAGGCUUUCAGCAAACUGAAUUUUUGA